GUUAUAUUUUUAUGUACGGUGAAGUGACAUCUUUUUAUUACUUUGUGAAAAAAAUAUUAUUAAAAUAUGUAAUUAAAUAAUUAGAGUCAUCUAUUUUAGUACUAGAAUUCAGGCAAUAACUUAGUAACGUCGCAAGUGAACUAUGAAACUAUACAAUGGUUAUUAUUAUAUGACGCAGUUUGUACAUUGUAUCCUCUUUAAUUUUAUUUAAUGGGUUGUGCUGCGUCGGGCGUAAACCGAACAAUAAUGAUGUUUAAUAGACACGCUCAUAAUUCUCCGGAAUAUCGUGCAAUACUGGAGCGAAAGCUCUAUAUAGCAAGAGAAUCACCUGAACCGGAGUUUGAUCUAUCAGGUUGCAAUUUGAGACAAUUGCCUUCUGGAAUAUUUUCAAUAUUUGUUGAGAACAAUGUCGAAUUGAUGUUUUCGGGUUUUCGACGACACUCGUUUACAGUAGUAAUGUUUUCAAGAAACCGACCGGUGAAAAUGAGUGAAGGUCCAAAGAAAAAGCGCAAAAUCGAUGAAGAAAACUCGUCUGAAGUAUCAGAACCUCCAUCUAAAAACACAAAAAUUCAGAUUCAAUGUCCAUACUUGGAUACAAUUAACCGGCAUGUUUUGGAUUUUGAUUUUGAAAAGCUAUGCUCUGUUUCGCUGACAAGAAUUAACGUUUAUGCUUGUCUUGUUUGUGGAAAAUAUUUUCAGGGUAGAGGUACGAACACUCAUGCAUACACACACUCAGUUGCAGAUGGGCAUCAUGUGUUCCUAAAUUUAAAUACUUUGAAAUUUUAUUGCUUGCCUGAUAAUUAUGAAGUCAUAGAUUCAUCACUUAAUGACAUAAAAUAUGUGCUCAAUCCCAUAUUUACAAUGGAGCAAAUAAAACAACUUGAUUAUAAUACUAAGAUGUCUCGAGCAAUUGACGGCUCAAUGUACAUGCCUGGGAUUGUUGGUCUUAAUAAUAUUAAAGCCAAUGAUUAUUGUAAUGUUAUAUUACAGUGUCUAGCUCAAGUUCGGCCAUUAAGAAAUUACUUUCUACGUGAGGAGAACUAUGCAAACAUCAAACGGCCACCUGGAGACUCCUCAUUUUUACUUGUGCAGCGGUUUGGGGAGUUAUUAAGGAAAUUAUGGAACCCCCGAGCAUUCAAAGCUCAUGUAUCACCUCAUGAAAUGUUGCAAGCUGUAGUUUUAUGGUCAAAGAAGCGGUUUCAGUUUAUUAAACAAAGUGAUCCGAUUGAUUUCAUGUCGUGGUUUUUGAAUUCAUUACACAUGGCACUGAAUGGAACUAAGAAACCAGAUAGUUCAAUUAUUUAUAAGUCAUUUUUGGGCCACAUGAGAAUUUAUACAAGAAAACUUCCACCACCGGAUGCAGAUGAUGCUGCUAAGGUAGAUUUAAACAGUGAGGAAUAUAAUGAGAUGAUAACAGAGUCCCCUUUCCUUUAUCUCACGUGUGACUUACCGCCAACGCCACUAUUCACUGACGAAUUUAGAGAAAAUAUUAUACCACAGGUUAACCUGUACCAACUAUUAUCAAAAUUCAAUGGGCAAACAUCGAAAGAGUACAAAACAUAUAAAGAAAAUUUCUUGAAAAGGUUUGAGAUUACUCAGCUGCCACCUUACCUCAUACUUUAUAUUAAGAGGUUUACUAAAAAUACCUUUUUUGUAGAGAAAAAUCCCACAGUUGUUAAUUUUCCUGUCAAAAAUGUAGAUUUUGGUGAUAUCCUGACACCAGAAGUUAAAGCAAAAUACAAAGGGAAGACAACUUAUGAGUUAGUAGGUAAUAUACUUCACGAUGGUACACCAGAAAAGGGCACCUACCGAGCACAUGUACUGCACAAACCUACACAGCAGUGGUAUGAAAUGCAAGAUCUUCAUGUAACAAGUAUAUUACCACAAAUGAUAACAUUAACUGAAGCAUAUAUCCAAAUAUAUGAGUUAAAAGAUGACUGAAAUAAAAUGACAUAAAAAGUUA